UUUCAUGACGGGACUAACACAAUAAUGAUAAACAUCGAUCUUCUUCACUUGGUUUGGUGAAACUACCGAUAAUCUUAAUUAGCAAUACAGAGAAGGGGGCUAAACUCAGGAUUUGCGGUGAAGGGAAGGAGGAAUUUUGACUGAGGUCUCCGUAAUACAAGUAGAAAAUGGUAUAGAUUCACGUGACCUCGCGCUUACAAAUACAAAGGAAAUCUCAGAUUCGCCGAGGUUGAAAGUCAGCGUGAAGUUAAAAUCCAGAAAUUGCAGGGCAGAUGAAGUAGAAGUUACAGGCAGAAGGGUUAGGGAGGGCAGGCAAAGCGCAGGCAGAGCAUUUAGCUGUGCAGGCGAAGAGAGGAAGGGAAUGGAGGAGGAGAGUUUUAGGCUGGGGCCAGGGCUUCUCCUGGAUGACCCUGACCAUGACCGCCAUCAAAUGGUGGUUUUCAGAGACGAUGAGGAUGAGGAAGAGAAACUGGUGGAGUGCCCCAGCGCCAGCUCUAAUGAACAUGAUAUGGAUUCUGAUGCAGAUGGGGAAGUCGCUGGUGGCGGUGGUGGUCACAUGGCGGCAGGCAACUCUUCCUCUUCACUGCAACCGACGAUCGUGAACCCGGAGCCGCACAUAUCCGCGCAAUUUUAUACUUUUAAUAGAGAAUCGCACCAUCUGAUGGUGCACUGCAUUCUAGAAGGGCGAUUCGCGAGCCCGGAGGAGAUCCGGAGCGCGACGCCGCCGUCGGUGCUGUUGUCAUGGCGGAGCGUUUGGAAGGACCGGAACGAGGAUACUGCUUACUUGACGGGGUGGAAGCGCAUCCAGGACAAGCUUCAUGCCCACAUCGACGAACACGGCAACGAGGUACUCUACUUCAAAAACAAUUCACAGCAAUAUGUUUCGCAUAUUAACCAGUGGCAGGAAAUCGUGAUGUCGUUUCAUGGGGAUGCGGAUUUGAAGCACUUAGGGCUUAAGGAAACCAUCGAGCGCAUAAAGCAAGUGUGGACUGUGGGCGCCAAGUUCUAUGGCAUACCGGAGUCUUUUAUUAGGGUUUGCAUUGCGUCCUGCGUCGUGUGCUGCUCGGACGUGGCCGCAUCGGCCCCGCGAAAUAAGCGGCGUAGGUUCGAGUACACGGAGUCGUUCGAGGUGCCCGCUAAGGAGGUGCCGCAAAAUCUGCAGCAGCUGGCGGCUAAGCACAAGGUCGUGCUAUGCAUCAGGCAGAAGUAUAUCCGUUACAAACCCUUCAUGGCGGAGGUGAAGGAUUAUGCUUGUCACAGGGCCGGUGAGCCCAAUACGAAGCGAUCUGGGGUUUUGAAGAGGGAGAGGUAUACUUCCAAGAGAUGUGGCUGUGGGUUUCGGAUCAGGGCAAUUGUUCCCAUUACUAAUUAUAAUGAGAAAGAUAAGACUUUUUCUUAUCAGGAAGAAGGGAAGGCCAUUUUCAAGCUCUAUGCAGUUCAUUCGGGGCAUGAACCUGGUCCGCAUGAAGGGAGCGCUAGGAUUAUUCAUCGGUUUGUUGGACAGGGUAGUCUGGUGGAGCAGGAUCAGGUGUAUGCUAAUGACGAUUCCGCAGAUGCGUUUGCCUUGAUUCGGAAGGAAGAUACAGAUUCUCGGAUGUCUGUGCUUCAGCAGGUGCAUGAGCUCAGGAUGGAGAUAGGGUUUUUGGAGUCCAAAAUUGCUAACAUGUCGCAUGAGUCGUUGGUUUCCUUGUCUCAGGAUCUGUGUGCAAUUACCCGGAGGCUGAGAAGUGUAGAGGAGUUGCCUAGGUCCACGGAUAUGCUAAUGGGUAAGGCACAUUCCGACGAGGUUCUUGUUACAAAUCCUGGGCUCGAGGAAUGGGGAGAGCAUCACCAUCACCAUGAUCAUCACCAUCGGCGCCAGCAUUGCGGUGAUGUCAAACCAGGGGAAGAUGAAGAUGACGACAUUAUUGGGGGAGACAAUGGAGCAUUUGGCAUUGCAGAGUGGCAGAGACAAAGACUUGGGUGCAGUUCAAAAACAGACGUAGUGCUUAGAGACGAUGGUCAUACCGAGAAGUGGAUUGACUCUGUCAAAGAGGCAUGUCCUGAGUUUGAUGAAAAGAGUAUCCUUGUUUGUGAAGAUUCUAAACUUUGUAAGCCAAUCCGACAGGAUAGUACCAUUGUAGCAGAUGGGAGCUUAGUGGCUAUGCAUGUGGAGGGAUUCUACCAAGAGAAUGCCAAGUGGUAUGAAGGGAUGCCUUGUGGUCUGGAUCCAAAUGCAGUCUGUGGGGACGAUUUAACUCACACUGUUCAAGAUGGAUUUAGGCAUGGUGGCAUUGCAUAAACCAUAUUGCAGAGUUCUUGGUGUAGAAUGAUCAGUAGGAAAUGAAAUGAUAAUUUAUCUGGAAAGGGUUUGUUAUAGCGGGCAACCCUUUAAGAUUCAACCAUGUUAGAAAAACUCCCUUUUUCUGUUGUAAAAGGCCAUUGGUAUCUUCCCAUUGUUGGUUUCUAUCGCAGAAUGCCUUUUGUUGCAAAAUUUUAACUUUGUACUUCAUCAGUCUUGUCCUCGUCUAACUUCCGAUGUUAGAAUUUUCCAUCCUACAGAUUUACAUAGUAUUUCUCUUCUCCUUGUUUAUAUCUUCUUUCAUCCUUACCUUCUGCAAUGGGAUUGCUUGCAUAGCCGUCUUUUGGCUUUAUUCUUAUCCUCCUUACCAAACGUCUUCACAUGACAAAUUUUCUUCUAUAUGUCAGAUGUAAUUCCUGUGAGCUGGGCAGUAUAUCUCAAGCAAGAAAAGUUUUUCUGGAGAGGCCGUUUCUUGAGAUUUGUCACUUAUCACCGGGGAAAUGAUAAAAAUGUGAUUGAACUCUGUUUUAUGCAGUAGUAUAUGCAAUGUUUUCUGUUGAAACUUUUAUUUCCCAAAAUUGAAGUUACCAAAACACAAUUUUUUUUAA